CCGAGAAGGGCAUCGGCUUCCAGCAUUCCACUGCCGCUGCCAACACGUGGAGGAGCUCACGUUGGCUCAGUGACAGUGGAUCUCACAAAGAUCUUGCCUGCCUGUUGAAUGGCGAACCUCCACUUCGGGCGCUCCGGUGGGAAACCAGAUGCACGACAGCUGAGCUGGCAACUUUCCAACGCACUGAACACGUCCUGUCCUGCAUGUGCAGUUCCUAUUAUCUUCCACACAUUUCCCAAGGUCGGUGCCCGCAACCUCUAUGGCGAGAGGAUUCGCAUCCCCGAGGAGCUGCGCGGGUCCCUCAACAUGCUGCUGAUCUCCUUCAAGCCGUGGCAGCUGGAGCAGGUCGACGGCUGGCGCACCUCCUGCGAGAUGGUGGGAGACCGGCUGAGCGUCAAACACAGGCGCAGCGACGUCUAUGAGUUCUAUCAGGUCAGCACGGCAGCAGCCCUGGGUGUGUGUGUGGAUCUCCUCUGCUGUGUGUGGACCUGGGUGUGUUGCUUGUGGUCAGGUGUUGGUGUUCCAGCGGUGGAAGUGGCCUUUCCAGUGGUUUUUGCACUGGCGGUAUCGCAGGAAGAUACCUCAAGAGUGGCACAGGAGGACUCUCGUCAUAUACACCUCGGUCCGUGGGCGGGCAGCCAACCACGCACACUCACACUCACACACCAAAGAGAGAGAAACUGUGCACCCACCCAUUGCCGCCGUCCCUCUGUGUGUCUGCUCUGCAGGUGCGGUCUUUCGUCAACUCGAUGAAUCUGCCCGACCCGAUGCGCAACUAUGCCCUGCUGAUCGACCCCUCAGGGCAGAUCGAGUGGGGCGAGCACGAGGAGGUCUCCACCGAGAAACUGGACUACCUGUGCGACCUGCUGUCGAUUGAGAGGGAGGAGCCGGCACCAGAAGUGGACGACGAAAGCACAAUUGAGGGCUCAGAGGAGAGGACGAUCGGCGAAGCCCCGCUGUCACUCGAUGAGGGCACUGUCAGUGGAGGCGAGGGGCAAGGACAAGGGCAGGGAGCCCCUGCAGAGGCAAAAGGGAGAGCGUGAUGAUGACGUGCUUGCUCAGGAGACAUGAAGUUACAUGAAGUGUGCAAAGUGAGGCUUUUUCCCGUUGGCAGUAGCUAACAUCGACAUCAAGACACUGUUGUGGUUGUGGCGCACGCAUGUCAUUUCUGGUGUGUGUAUGCUAUGCUACAAGGAAGGGUGUGAAUUGACUCCUCGUCAAGGCUGUGUCUACUCAUGUUUCACCGAUUUGCUUAGUUACCAGUCCAUCCAUCCAUCCAUCCAAGCUCUUCCUCUGACUACUGCACAGAACUCACAACACAAC